CUCGAAUUUCACGAUUGAUGACCUUUUCGGCUUUCUUCUCUUUUUUCCCCUCUUCCUUCUGCCACGAAUUCGGGUUGGCAUGGAUGGGCUCGGUGUUCUGGAAUUUUCCCAUGAUUGUGUUGUUGCAUCUUUUCUGACGAUUUCGAAAUACCUACCUACUACACCUACUACACCUUCAAAGUUUUACGGUUUUACGGUUGCUUCUUUUCCCGCAUUUGAUUUGCGAAUUUCCAUGGCUAUGGUUCCUCUGCUGUUUUCUCCAGAUCGGUUUUACUGUUGCUUCUUUUUCCGGCAUUUGAUUUGCAAUUUCCAUGGCUAUGGUUCGGAGUUCCUUUGCUGUUUUCUCCAGAUCAUCCCAAGAUAUGCCCAAUUACUACAGGAUAAUCUUCGAGACUUUCCGAUGUCUCGUUUUUUUUCUUUCUCGUUUGAUUUGUCUGUCAUACACGCACCAAGGCAAGGGGUGAUGGUUCUUCAGUUCUAUGUUCUUGCUGAUUUGUUUCGUUCGUUCGUGUGGCUAUUUCUGCUGUUGAUCUUGCGCGGUCUUUUCGGGUUCCGGGUUCUCAUUGCAUGUAACGGGGGGCGGGGGUUUUUUUUUACAGGAUGGACAUGACGAACAUGAUGGCGGAAAACCAAGAAGAUGUGGGGCGUUUCUGCUGAUGAUCUGGGGCGGUAUUUUCGGGUUCUCAAUUGCAUGUAACGGGGGGCCUUUUUUUUACAGGAUUGAUCUGAUGGCGGAAAACCAAGAUGACGAUGGUUGAUGGUUGGUUAAUGGGAAGCUCUAUUUUGAUACACUCGA